AGAUGCAAUUGGAAUCCGACACAAUUUUUGUUACCCGAAUCCACAGUAAACGGACCAAAGCGGGUAAAGGCUUAAAGCAAACCACAACAAAGAUGAAGACAUUAUUUGGUCCUAAAGCCAAAAAUGGGAGUCUUGUUGCUGGGCAACUCUUGCUCGUGUGCCCUGUGGACAUGGAAGAAACGUUCCUCGUUUUCUAUGAAUUUCAAUGCAAAUAACUCCAACCGGAUGGUAGUCAAAGCUCUUUUCUUAGAUCCCAAUCAAGUCCCCAUCCUCAAACAAGCUGUUAAGGAGCCAGUGGCCUUCAUGGGUGGAAUGUUUGCCGGGAUUUUAAGGCUUGAUUUGAAUGAAGAUCCAUUAAAGGAAUGGGUUGCUAGAACUGUGGAAGCCUCUGAUAUCACCGAGGAAGAUAUUUCUGAAAAAGGAUUCAAAGAGGAGGAAGAUACCCCUCUACAAAUUGAGAUAGAAUGAUGGCUACCUUGGUUCCUGCCACAGAGCAAACCGGACUCAUACGAUAAAAUCUAGUAGGUGUAGCUUCUUUAACGACAGUGACUGUGAUCUUUCUUGUUUCAGUUUUAAUCUCUAGUAAUAUCCAUAAUAGUAUUAGUAAUGUAUUUGACAAUGUUUGUAUCAAACUCGGGGUGACACGAAUUGAGUUGGUGAAAUUAAUCACCCCAAACUCAAAUAAUAAAAUAA